AUGAAACGUCUCCACGACGGUAGAAAAGAUCGCCGUUACAGCCCACUUUUAAAGCAGUUGAGAGGAGUCGGGGACCGGGUUAACAGGGAAGCCCCAAAGGUUUCCUCUGAAUUUAUCGCGGAUAACCCGCAGCUUUCUGAUCUCGAGCAGCACAAACAAACAGGAUAUUCCAACAUGGUGGUGGUGACAGCAGCGACCGGCGGAGCCCACAAGGUGCUCCUGAUAUCGGGGAAACAGACCGCCUCCAGGCCCAUCUCCGUCGUUUUACCGUCGGCAGCCAGCCAGGUGUCGUCGGACUCGGACUCCAACACGUCUGUGGGGCCGCCGGUCCGAAAAAGGCAGAGGCUCACGCACCUGAGCCCGGAGGAGAAGGCCCUGCGAAGGAAACUUAAGAACAGAGUGGCAGCUCAGACCGCCAGAGACAGAAAAAAGGCCAAAAUGGGGGAGCUGGAACAACAGGUCCUGGAGUUGGAGCUGGAGAAUCAGAAACUUCACAUCGAAAACAGGCUGCUUCGAGAGAAAACGACCGGCCUGCUGACAGAAAAUGAGGAACUGAGACAGAGGUUGGGGUUGGACACCCUUGACUCAAAAACAAAGGUUCAGACUAUUGUGUCCACGGGGAAUGAAGCGGGUGCAGGCCCAGCUGUCCCUAAAUCUGAAGACUUCUCAAUGGAUACAGAUAGUCUUGACUCUACAGACAAUGAGUCUGAUCUGCUCAUGGGCAUUCUGGACAUCCUUGACCCGGAGCUGUUCCUCAAGUCCUGCGAGCCGGAGCCGGCGGAGCUGCUGGGGGGGGGCGGCGCCCCAGUACCUGCCGCCGCACCUGAACCUCUGGGGGCCGCACCAGUUAAGCUGGAGGCCCUUAAUGAACUGAUCCACUUCGACCACAUCUACACCAAGCCCGUGGAGGAGGUGGGCGAGGGCGAAGACCUGCAGAGCGGCACGGACGAGAGGCUCGACGAGGCCGUGGUGGAGGUAGGGGAAGAGGAAGAGGAGGAGGAGGAGGAGGAAGAGGAGAGGGUGUGUGUUAAGGACGAGGAGGAGGAGGUGGAGGUGGUCAUCCCCACCUGUCCCGGUCAGGUGGAGGACUUCCUCUCCCCCCUGGAGAAGGAGGCCUGCCUGGCCGACGCCUACAGCGACUCCGGGUACGAGGGGUCCCCGUCCCCCUUCAGCGACAUGUCCUCCCCCCUGUGCCCCCAGAGCUCCUGGGAGGACAUGUUCGCUAACGAACUCUUCCCCCAGCUCAUCAGCGUCUGA